AGCGCAGCUGCGGGCGUGGGGUGGCAGGAGCCGCGGAGCCGGCGCCGAGAGCGGCUGCGGCCGGAGCGGGCGGCUGAGACAAAGGCGACGACUACCAGUUAUAGGUCCUGGGUCCAGACAGCAAUUUUUAUCCCUUCCCGGUGGCUCAGAAACAAGUCUCUGUAGAACCAGAAGCAAAGAAAAGAAACAGCCUCUUUCUUUUUAACAUUUACUGCAUAAGAUACUUGACUUCCAGGGAACAAAACACAGUGAAGAAAUUAAACUAUUAUUUUGACGUCAUCGGACAUUCAUCAUAUUGAGGAACAUCCUUUGUGGAGCUUCCUGAGUUGAGAUUUGGAAUCUUCAUAGGUGCUUAUUUAUACCUGGGACUAUAAGCAUGAGUGAAUUCUGGUUGUGUUUCAACUGCUGUAUUGCAGAACAGCCUCAGCCUAAAAGACGAAGGCGGAUUGACCGAAGUAUGAUUGGAGAGCCAACAAACUUUGUACACACGGCUCAUGUAGGAUCAGGAGACCUGUUCAGUGGGAUGAACUCUGUUAGCUCCAUUCAGAACCAGAUGCAGUCCAAGGGAGGCUACGGAGGCGGCAUGGCUGCCAACGUGCAGAUGCAGCUCGUGGACACAAAGGCCGGAUAG